UCAACAACAACAAUUAUUUUGAGGUUAUGGAUUCCAUGAUAUCUCUAGCAUUGGCACCCCUUGCGUUUUUAAUUUUUCAAUUAACUAUAUCUAAUACGAAAUCUUGAAUUUUUCCCACCCUUACAUUUUUAAAAUAUUUCCACUUUUAAUAUCAGUGUUUCGUGUCAGGUGUCACAACGUCCUCAAGUUCUCUUUUCAGUGAAAAACACUCGCCUGUAUCGCCGCGUCGUGUGUUUUCCGUGAAAUCGCCACGAAUUUGAACACAGUAAAUAUGUGAAUACUUAGACUCGUACCUUCACGGUUUGUUUUAUCCCUUUUAAACUUUUUUUCCACACUCCAACAAGCUCUAAAUACACAUUAAUUCCAACAUGGAUCAAAUGUUACCGAGUCCCGGGUUCAGCAUACCCAGUAUCGGUACUCCACUCCAUCAGCCCGAAGAAGAUCAGCAAAUCCUUCCUCAUGCACAACAGCAGCAGCAGCAUCAGCAACCAAUUCAAAUGCCAUCCCUCGUACCGCUGUCCAACCAGUCUAUAAUGCAGCCGAAUAAAACACCUACGUUCAUGCCUUCGGGAUUCACAACACCUCAAAGCUUAAUGCAGCCUCAAACACCUCACCAGAUGGUAAACAGUAAUCAAAGUAUGGGCCCUGCAACACCUGCGCAACCCAUGACACCCAUGACUCCCGCAUCUGCUGACCCUGGCACAUUACCCCAACUUCAGAAUAUUGUAUCAACUGUAAACUUAGGCUGUAAAUUAGACCUAAAACGUAUAGCUUUACAUGCACGUAAUGCUGAGUUCAAUCCGAAGCGUUUCGCUGCUGUUAUCAUGAGAAUAAGAGAGCCACGGACCACUGCUUUAAUUUUCAGUUCGGGCAAAAUGGUCUGCACUGGAGCAAAAAGUGAGGAAGAUUCAAGACUUGCAGCAAGGAAAUAUGCUCGUAUCAUCCAAAAAUUAGGAUUCCAAGCAAAAUUUUUAGAUUUUAAAAUCCAGAAUAUGGUUGGUAGCUGUGAUGUUAAAUUCCCCAUAAGGCUGGAAGGUUUAGUUUUAACGCAUGGGCAGUUUAGUAGCUACGAACCAGAGUUGUUUCCUGGCUUAAUUUAUAGGAUGGUUAAACCGAGAAUUGUCCUUCUGAUCUUUGUCUCGGGCAAGGUUGUGCUGACAGGUGCCAAAGUUAGACAAGAAAUCUAUGAGGCUUUUGAUAACAUUUAUCCAAUACUGAAAAGUUUCAAAAAAUAAACCAGCAAGAUUAGUGCUCAAGUAAUCCAAUGAUCUCCUGUCUGUCGACUCUUGCUUGAGGCGGAGGCAAAAUAUCUUCCAAGAGCCAGGAUUUAUCAGAAGCUUUAAAGGUAAACUGUUGGAAGUCAGAUGCUUUAUCUAAGUUAAAGAAUCGGAAAACGCACCUGGUGCUUCUGCACUUUUCAUUUUUUUAGAGAAUGUCAUUUUUAUCGGUAAUUUAUUGGUUCUUCAACAAAUUAUCCACCAUGCCAGUCCUUUUGACAAGCUCAUAUUUGAUGAAUGAUAGCUGAUCAAAUGACACUCACUUGACUUAUUUUCUUCAUUAGUAAAGCUAUGCAAAAAGCACUAUCCCCUGAAAUUUUAGCUCUAUUAGUGCCAUAACAUGUCCGUCAGUAGCAAUAGUACUGGUUCUCUAUUCUGUCACAAUCAGACUGUAUUUUCAUUUGAAUCGCGUCCUGCAAAAACCACCAAUGUCCAUAUCUCAGCUCUUGAGUUUUUUUUUGGGUUGAAAUGUUGAAAAUAGUUUUUUUAAGUCAAUUAAACCCAUAGAGGCGGUGUAAAGACUCAAUUUAAGGUUACCUUAAUUCCAAAGCAAGUCCUUACACCACUUUCACAAUUGCAUUGGCUUUUGAGAAAGAUUCUGAACACAAAAAACUGAAAGAUGGAAAAGUGGACUUUAAUGGUUUCGGCACAACACAAUUUUACCGUGACACAUUUUUUUUUUCAAAAUUCUGUGGCCUGGGAGAAUAAAAUACACACCAAACUAAUUUGACAGUAAAUGUAAUAACUCAUUAUUUUUUCGUUUUUAAUAGUUUUAAUUUUUUCUCUCUCACAGUUUUAUAAUUUUUUUUUUUUUUUUUUUUUUUUUAGCAUUAACUGUUAGAAAGAGUACUUUUUAAAUGAGUAUGUCAGUAUUCUAAAUGAACUGAAUAUUAGGUCACUUUUUCGGGGUGCUCACUUACUAUUGAAGUUAACGUAUCCGAUAGAAUCAGCAAAUGAAAAUUACGAGCAUCUUUCCGCUUAUUUUCAAAAUAUCAGUCCAAGGCAUAAUCAUUCAUUUCACUUUUGCAAUGCAAAAAAUUCAGAGGUGGCUUUUAAAUUCCAUGCAGCCUUUGCACAGUUAGCAUCAUUCUUAGACCCGACUUAACUAGAAAAUUACAAAAAAGUCUUUUAUUUGGUUUUAAUCUGAAAUCUUAAGUAGCUAUCCUUGACUGCUUCUUAACAUGUCAUUUUUAUUUACAAGCAGUAUUUACCUGAUGAGGUCUCACCGGUAAUAUUUUAGACUAUGCAUCUGUUGAUGAUUCUUCAGAUGACAUUUACUUUUCAAGCAAAUCUUGAUUCGUAACCAUUUGUUACCCUGUUACUGAACUCCAGUAAUCCAAACGCGAUCUUCACAUUCCAUCUCAUUAACAAUAUGAUUUGAUACCAAAGGCAAAGGUUCCAUGAUGGAUCACAGAAAAUGAUAAAAACACUUGAAGUCACUGGCACAUAAAAUUGUAGGCGCAAAUGACUUUAAGUGUUUUUAUGAUCUGUUUCUUGUGCGGUUCUCCGAAAUUUUAUUGGGUCAAGAUAAGUGUGGUGUGCUACUAUUCCACGCCUUUUAUCGCUCUGCCCGUUUACGUAAGACCAAAAAAAUGAAAUUUUAAUUCCCAACGAUUUUUGCAAACCAGUGUUCGUAUAUCAGUACUGAUAGAAGCUUAGUUAUGGAACAAAAUUUCUUUCUGUUGAAGUCGCAUUUGUUAAGUCUUAUCCAUAAGAAUCAUUUGUGCUAUCAAAGGAGUAGAGGGAAGAUUAUUAUUAGGGGUAGUUAUCUAUUCUCUCUAGUGAUUA